CUGAAUGAAGAUCAAGGGCGAUUCACUGUACAAGUUGACCCAGUCAGCGAUACCGAUUGACGUUGAACAUGCCCCAAGUAAUCUGUUCGAAGCCCUCAUAAUAAAUGAUUGGGUGAUUCAAGAUAACAUCACUCGCCUUCUCAGUCAGAAACCAAAGGAUACUGCCUUGGUCAACGGAGAUGCACCACUUCUUCGGUUCAAACUGACAUUCUGUGGGUAUAGAACAAGUGUUGGCGUCUCCUGGAACCACACACUAGGUGACGCGACGGUCCUCUUGCGGUUCAUGCAUACCCUGUCCCUGAGCUACCAAGGCUUGUCGUCGCCAUAUCCGACGCCGACUUUCUCAAAGUAUCUCUUCUCCCCUCCAUCCCCAUCGCUACUCUCAGAGUAUUUACCC